AUAUAUAGUACUGCAAGCGCUCCAUUCAGUGUUUCUUUGCAGUUUGCACUGAGGACGGUGGCUAUGUCUUCAUCUUCUUCCCACCGCGUCCCUCUCAAAAAGUACGAUGUGUUUAUUAGCUUUAGGGGUGAGGACACGAGAGAUAACUUCGCUAGGCCUCUCUAUACUGCUCUCACAAAGGAGAAGAUUGAAACCUACAUAGAUUAUAAGCUUGAAAGAGGAGAUGAUAUUUGGCCAGGACUUGUAAAAGCAAUCAAGGACUCUGUGAUGUCCAUCGUUGUGUUCUCAGAAAGAUACGCAACUUCAAGGUGGUGUUUGAAUGAACUCGCCCAAAUAAUGAAGUGCAGAAGUUAUGAGGGACAGGUUGUUCUUCCACUGUUCUACAAAACAAACCCAACAGACGUGCGGCACCAAACAGGGAGUUACAAGAAACCAUUUGAAGAUCAUUAUCGAGCCGGUCGUGACGACGAAGAAAAGGUGGAUAGUUGGAGAGCUGCUCUCAAUCACGCAGCCAAUAUAUCUGGAUGGGAGUCAACUACCCACAAGGACGAUUCUCAAUUCAUAAAGGAAAUUGUCAAGUAUCACUACUACAGAAAACACCUUUUGCCACGCCUCAAUUGCCACGGUUAUAGGCGGAACCGUGGCAAUAGGUCAGUUACCACGGUUAUACACGGAACCGUGGCAAAAUGGUACAAUAUUUUAUUAUUUUAUUUAGGAACCGUGGCAAUAGACAAUUUUUUUUGAGAUUUUCACUUGCCCAAAAACCCUAACCCUCUCGAUCUGUUCUCUUGGUUCCCUCUCUAUUCGCUGCAAUAUGUCCUUCUCUCCCUCUCGUUCUCACUGCAAGUCAGUCCUCCUCUCCCUCUGCUUCUCAAUCGCUCUCUCUCUCUCUCCUUCGCAUGGGAGAAUCGCUCCUUCUCCUGCUCGGUGCCGCCCAUUCCACCGGCGCCGCUCCUUCCCUCACACGAUGAUGGUGGAAGAAUCUUCUGUUAUCUUCUAGAUACAUUUCGUUCCAGAUCUGUUUCUCCGUUUCCUUCGUUUCACUCGAAGAGCAGAUCGGUGACGAAGAUGAAAACAAAGAAGGUGACCCUCCCUGAGCACGCGACGGCGCGUCCUGUGGCGGCAAUGCGAAGAGUGAACACGGUGGCUAAGGUGGUGCCGCCCGUGCCAUUGCCUGCGCACCAUCUUCCCAACUCGUCCCGACUUGGAAGCUGGUUCCACUUUCUCUCUCUGCUGUGGUUCUGCCUCUCUUUAUUUCCUCGCAGGUGAUUCUAGCUUCUGGGCAAUUGGAUGAAGUUUACUAAAUCAUAUUAUUCAUUCAUUGGUAACUCUUGUGGUCACGCUAUUGAUUAGUGUAGUUUGCAAUUGGUAGAAUAAUUUAUGCACUAGAACUGUUUGAUUAAAUGCCUCACAGAAACCUUGUUUUGUAUCUCCUGAACAAUGCGGUUGAACUUAACUUGACUAUAUUUUCUUGAAUAUUUGUUUUACUAGUUGCUGCAUUAUGGAAAAUCGAAUUUAACCGAUGGCAAUACUUGAAAAUGCUGCCAACAAUGGUCAUAGUUUCUGUCUUUCAUUAUGUGUGAUUGGGAGAGGAUCUCAAUCUUAGUGUCUUAUAGACAAAGGUAAUCUCGAGAGUACAUCUUUGAUUUCAUAUUGUUCAUCUCAGGUACUAUAGACCAUUGAGAUGUUACUAGACUAGAGCAUGGCAGCACUGCAAUGGUUUUUAUACACGACACUUGUUUCUUGUUCCUAUAGAUUAGGAUGUCCAAGAAGUUUUUCCUAUUCCUAAAUCCAAUUUGUUAUUUUUCCUCUAGUAGGCAUCCAUAUUUGGUCUUUUUGUUUCAAUUGCUUUCUCAUAUUUUCAUUGUAGCUUACACACAUAAAACUUGUCUAAUGAAGCUGUGUUAUUGAUGUCUUAUUAAUCUACAAACUGUUUGAUGAAAUGCUUGACUGACUUUUUCUCCUUUUUCUUCAUGUUUUUGUUGAAUGUGUGAGUAUCACAAAGCUUGAAAAACGCACGGAGUCCAUAACUGAGGUAGCGCACCAGCCCUCUUUUGAAUUUGUGAAGAGUAAGGCAGGAGGAGAGCGCAUCCAAUAAAUGCUUAGAAUCUGGAACUGAGAUAUUCCGCCUGGUUGGGGGACUUUUGGGUUCUGGAUACUGAUAUAUGGCAAUGGUCUGAAUUAACUAGCUUUGGUGACUUGCCUUCAUCGAGGGAUUUCACUGCAGCUUCAGCAAUUGGAAACCGGAAAAUUGUGUGGUGGAUGGGAUGGAAAAAAGUGGUUAUCUGAUGUUUAUGUCAUGGACACAAGUAUUUUAAGGAGGAGGUGGACCAAUUAUGGGCGAUUUAUGGGCAUUGAAGGGCCUUAUUGAAGAAGGGAACUUCAAAAGUUGUUGAAGGAGCAUUGUUAGAUUUGUCUCGUUACGAUAGGUUUAAACUCAAUGCUGGCAUUUUCAAUUUGCCUAAAUUAAAAAUUCUUAGAUUUUAUGUCCCUGGAGAAGCUAUCAACCCGUAUCUCUUUCAGACCCGAUCUCCUCAGUGAGCUAGGUUCUGCUGAAUUGAAGUAUUUUGAGUGGACUGGAUACCCUUCUAAAUCUCUUCCAUCAAAUUUUUGUGUCAAGUUUCUUGUUGAGAUUCGCAUGCGGUACAGUCAUGUUCUACAACUUUGGGAGGGGACGCAGGACCUUGUGAAUUUGGAGACAAUUGACCUAAGUGAAUGCAAGCGGUUGGUGAAGCUCCCUGACUUGUCUAAAGCGUUAAAACUCAAAUGGGUUGAUCUUUCCGGAUGUGAAAGUCUUUGUGCCGUUCAUCCAUCGCUUUUAUCUACAGACACACUAGUUACUUUGACACUGAAUAGGUGCUACAAGCUGAAGAGUCUAAUGAGUGAAAAACAUUUAAGCAAUCUGCAAAACCUCAAUGUGAAUCACUGUUUCGACCUUAAGCAAUUUUCAGUGUCGUCGGAUUCAAUUAAAAUGUUGGAUUUAAGUAAGGCAAAUGUCCAAAAGUUGUAUCCAUCAAUCGGUCGGCUAAGCAAGCUUGUGUGGCUGAAUCUAGAAGCAGAUUCUUCAAGGGAAUCAAGGCUGGAGGAUCUUCCUGAUGAGAUAUCAUGCCUGACAUCUCUUGAGGAGCUAAGGAUUUCUCAUUGCAGAGUAGUUGACAAAGAGAAGCUACAUGUCCUGUUUGCUGGCUUAGGAUCAUUAAAACGGCUACAUCUGAAGUAUUGCAAGCAGUUGUUUGAACUCCCAGACAACAUCAGUGCCUUGUCAUCAUUGCAAGAAUUAAGGCUUGAUAGAAGCAGUGUGGAGAAGUUGCCCACAAGCAUCAAGCUUCUUGAAAAGCUCGAGAUUCUCUCGUUACAGAAAUGUAAGAAGCUUCGGUCUCUACCUAAGCUUCCGUUGUUGAUCAAGGAGCUUAACGCCGAUCGCUGUAUCUCACUAGUGACCGUGUCCACUUUAACGACUUUUUCAGUGAAGAUGAAAGGAAUGAGGAAACACAUAUCAUUCCAGGAUGCAAUAAAACCAAAUGAAUGUCCACCCCUCCAUAACCAGAUUAUGGAAGAUGUUGUGCUUGCAAUGAAGAGGGCUGAAUUGUGCAAUUUAUUUGUAAGAAGCAGUGUUUCGGUUUGCUUACCAGGAAGCAGUGUCCCCUCAGUGCCAGGGUCGUCGUUCAAAUAUCGAAGCACAAGCUCCUCAAUUACCAUUAAACCUCAUGACCCAAGUUUGUCCCACUGGCUUGGCACCAUUUAUUCUGUUGUUCUUUCUCCAGCUGGAUUUAGCAUGGUUGGUGCUAAAAUAGGAUGCCGAAUCUACCGGAAAAAUGCUGUUUCCGGACAGAAGGAAUUCAAGACUACGUGGUAUAGCAAAUACAUCAGGGAAUCCAAAUCGGAUAAUGUUUAUCUAUGGCAUGGUUCAAGUUUUGAUGGUGCACAAGAUUUUGAGUUCUUUGCUACAGAUAGUAGCGGGACAGGACCGACAGGUCAUAACUGGUUGAAAAUAAAAGAGUGUGGAAUUUCCUUGAUGUGUUGCUCCAAUUCUGAGUUUCAGAGUCUCAAAGCGUACACAGAAACGGUACCGGAGAUCAAGUCGGAGUUGCCAUCGGCACCCUUCUUGCCGCUGGUGUACGGCAAUCAGGAAGCGCCGGUUGAUUUAUGGGUGGAGUCAGAAGACGAUCAAGCAUUUGAUUGGACAUUUGGACUAGGAGCAUGUAUAUUGGAAACUUUGGUGAUGCUGAUGAGAGGUGGUGAAUACUAUGAAUGGUGACAAAGAUUAGAAAGAAGAUGAUGGCGUUGAGGGAAAUGAAGAUGUAUAAAAAAGAUGUAUCUUCUUUCAAGAGAGCAUCAAUUGUUUCGAAUUCAGAAGAAGAAGAUGAUGAUUGAAUCACCAGAGGAAUUUGGUUGAAUUAUAUCUUUGGUGUAUAAGAAGACUAUGUCGUUUGUAUUUUGCUUAAUUUUUUGUAGUUUAAAAUAUUUAAACAAAUUUGUGGUUCUGUUGUUUAAGCUUACAUUUAAGUCA